CCAUCGAUACUAUCGAUAGUGCCAUCGAUAGUUUUCCAGCUCUGUUUCACAAAUUUUAAUUGUAUUAAAUAAGUUCCAAUUUAACUUGUGGAAAAAAGGUUGUUUUAGUUAGAGUCGAAAAUAAAAUGGAAUCGGAAAUAACAAAUGCUUGGGGACAAACUUCUAAAAAUUCAAUUGAAACUAGUUUCUCUGAGAUAAUGUCCGAAGAAUACGCACAACGCUUACAUAACCGAGAAAUAAAGUGUUUUGAAGAGCGCUUGGUUAAACAAGCACAGCGUGAAUCUACGGAUACCCAACUGACAAGAUUAAGUACAGCUGUAGAUAAACAGCCAUUGCCUGAACAACAUUUAAAAAGAACUUUCGAGUGCGAUUCUGACGCUGUAAUCGCUCAAAUGCUUCAGUCACAGUUUGAUCACCAGUAUAAUGAGGAGCUACGACGCGUAGAGCACCGACGCAACAAAGAGAGUAAAGUUACGGUAACAUUGGAUAAGUUCCGUCGCAACGGUGACUUAGAAUUUUUGAAUGGUGCAGACAAUUCGUUUGAAGCUCAGGAUGAAAAAAACCAACAUAAACGAGACUGGGAUCGUUUUGAGACAAAUGAAAAACUAUUGGAAGCAAUACCUAAAUGCGGAUUUAAGGUAUAUAAAGAAGGUGAAAUCAUAACGAAGCAUGAUCUGCAGUUGUGUGGAAUUCGCAAUGCUUGCCGAGUGAUGUCUUUCCCUCCUGAGUUUCCUACUGGAGAUGGCGCCGGCUUCGACAUGAAGCUUUCAAAUAAAGUAAGAGACAUUUGAGAUUUCCAAUAAUGGACCAUUACCUAUUUCAGUAUUCUCACUUUUUCAUAAUAUAUUAUAUACAUAUAUUAUAUACAAAAUUUACACUCAAUACACGUAUACGCAAGUAGAGUAUGCACAAUCAAAUACAUAAAUAUUUUAAGUUUAUUACAG